AUGGUGACAGUCAGCAUGUUGCUGAUUGUCCUCUUUGUUCCAGGUGUUUUGGCUGAUUGUGCUGAUCAACCAGCACUCUUCAUAACUGCACCAAAGAAGCUGGAAGCACUGAGUGGAUCUUGUUUGCAAAUCCCAUGUAGCUUCAGACCCAAAGACGAACCAAAAUUUAUCAGCACAAGUGAAACUUUUGGAGUGUGGAUUAAAAACAAUUCUUAUAUUACCAAAAUCAAAAACAAUGUGAUCUUCAACAGUAGUGGAGCAGUUAGCACCUAUCCAAUGAGUAUUACUGGGAACCUGAGUCAGAGAGACUGCACCACUCUGUUUUCUAAUUUAACCACCACAUACACAGACACAUACUUCUUCAGAGUAGAGAGUGAACCAUUCAAGGCAACAGCUUCUUGUGAUCCUCUUCAAAUAACAGUCAGAGAUUCUCCUUGGAGGCCCAAUAUUACAAUCCCAGGUGAUCUGAAGGAGAAGGAGUCUGUCACUAUAACCUGCUCAGCUCUCACUCCCUGUCCACACUCCCCUCCUCAACUCACCUGGAAUCUCCAACAAGACUCUCACAACAAAAUAGAGGAAAACACAGAUGGAAGCUUUACAACUAAAAUCCAGCAGAACAUCACUCUGUCAGACACACAUGAUGGAAAGAAGAUCAACUGCUCUGCCAGAUAUCCUGUGAACCAAGGAAAAGACACCAAGACAGCAGAGACAGAAGAGACUCUCAGUGUUUCAUAUGCUCCUAAAGACACCUCAGCAUCCAGCAGUCCAUCAGGUUUGAUGUCAGCAGGCGACUGGGUGAACCUGACCUGCUCCAGCAGAGCCAAACCUCCAGUCAGCAACUUCACCUGGUUCAAGAAGAGCAGAGAUGGAGCUGUGAAAGUAUCUGAAGGAGAGAUUUACAGCUUCAAUGUAACAGAUGGAGGAGUUUAUUACUGUGUGGCCACUAAUGAUCUGGGUAAUCAGACAUCAGCAGAGCUUCAUCCAACAGAGCUUUGCAGUGCGGAGCGUUACAGCUGCACACCUGGUGGUGAUGCAGCCAGUCAGAAUACUUUCAAUGGUGCAUCAGUAGAAGUUUUUAAGUAUUCUGGAGUUCAUGCCGAAUCUUCUCAGGCGCCGCAGGAAGAAGAACUGCUGUCUUGCUGCUUUUGUGAUAACACCAACAUGGUGUGA